AUUAGUUUCACCACUCUCUCUGUUGUUUUGUCGUGAUGCUAGUUUAAUACAAACUGUUAGAAAUGUUGUUUCUGUCAGUGGAAAAAUACAGUUUUUGAAUCAGGUCAUUAAAUGCCUGUAAUAUUUGCAGUAAGAAAUUCUGGAGGAGUAUCAGCUGAACUGAGAUCUGCUGUGAAUAUGGAGUUUGUUAAAGAGGAGAGUGAGGAAAACACGAGUGAAAUAAAACAAGAGGAACCAGAAACCUGGGAAAUAAAAGAAGAGGAACCAGAAACCUGGAAAACAAAACAAGAGGAAACAGAAAACUGGAGAAUAAAAGAAGAGGAACCAGAAAUAUUGAGAAUAAAACAAGAGGAACCAGAAACCUGCAGAAUAAAACACGAGGAACAAAGAGAGUUCAUUAAAGAGAAAGAGGAGAAUGAAGAAUCAAGUGAAGUUGAAGAGAAAAAUCAUAUUAAAACUGGAGGAAAACCUUUGAGUUGCUCUCAAACCAAACAGAAAGAAAUAAAGAAAAAAAGAGUCAAGAAAUCUCUCACUUGCACUCUGUGUGGAAAGAAUUUUAGUUCCGCUAGCAGUUUAAAAACGCACGAGAGGAUCCACACUGGAGAGAAACCUUAUAAGUGUUCACAGUGUGACCAGAGAUUUAAUCAAUCAGUAAAUCUGAAAACACAUGUGAGGAUCCACACUGGAGAGAAACCUUAUAAAUGUUCACACUGUGACAAGAGAUUCAGUCAUUCAGCAAAUCUGAAAACACAUGAGAGGAUUCACUCUGGAGAGAAACAUUGUAAGUGUUCACACUGUGACCAGAGAUUUAAUCAAUCAGCAAAUCUGAAAACACAUGAGAGGAUUCACUUUGGAGAGAAACCUUAUAAGUGUUCACAGUGUGACAAAAGAUUUCAUCAUUCAACAAAUCUGAAAUCACAUGAAAGGAUCCACACUGGAGAGAAACCUUAUAAGUGUUUACACUGUGGCAAGAGAUUCAAUCAUUCAGCAAAUCUGAAAAUACAUGUGAGGAUCCACACUGGAGAGAAACCUUAUAAGUGUUCACACUGUGACCAGAGAUUUAAUCAAUCAACACAUCUGAAAACACAUGAGAGGAUUCACUCUGGAGAGAAACCUUAUAAGUGUUCACAAUGUGACAAGAGAUUCAAUCAUUUACCAUAUCUGCAAACACAUGAGAGGAUUCACUCUGGGGAGAAACCUUAUAAGUGUUCACAAUGUAACAAGAGAUUCAAUCAUUUACCAUAUCUGAAAACGCAUGAGAGGAUCCACACUGGAGAGAAACCAUAUAAAUGUUCUUACUGUGACAAGAGAUUCAAUCAGUCAGCAAAUCUGAAAAUACAUGAGAGGAGUCAUACCGGAGAGAAACCUUAUAAGUGUUCACACUGUGACAAGAGAUUCAUUGUUUCAUCACAUCUGAAAACACAUGAAAAGAUCCAUAAUGGAGUGAAACCUUAUAAGUGUUCACAGUGUGACGAGAGAUUUAAUCAGUUGCCAAGACUGAAAACACAUGAGAACAUCCACAAUGGAGAGAAACCUUAUAAAUGUUCACAGUGUGACAAGAGAUUCAUUGUUUCAUCACAUCUGAAAAGACAUGAGAGGAUUCACUCUGCAGAGAAACAUUAUAAGUGUUCACACUGUGAUAAGAGAUAUAGUGAUUCAUCAAGUCUGAAAACACAUGAGAGGAUUCACACCGGAGAGAAACCUUAUAAGUGUUCACACUGUGGCAAAAGAUUCAAUCAUUCAGCAAAUCUGAAAAGACAUGAGAGGAUCCACACUGGAGAGAAGCCGUAUAAAUGUUCACACUGUGACAAGAGAUUCAUUGUUUCAUCACAUCUGAAAACACAUGAGAUGAUUCACACUGGAGAGAAACCUUAUAAAUGUUCACACUGUGACAAGAGAUUCAUUUUUUCAUCACAUCUGAAAACACAUGAGAGGAUUCACACCGGAGAGAAACCUUAUAAAUGUUCACACUGUGACAAGAGAUUCAUUGUUUCAGCACAUCUGAAAAGACAUGAGAGGAUUCACUCUGCAGAGAAACAUUAUAAGUGUUCACACUGUGAUAAGAGAUAUAGUGAUUCAUCAAGUCUGAAAGGACAUGAGAGGAUACACACUGGAGAGAAACCGUAUAAGUGUUCACACUGUGACAAGAGAUUCAUUGUUUCAUCACAUCUGAAAACACAUGAGAGGAUUCACACCGGAGAGAAACCUUAUAAGUGUUCACACUGUGGCAAAAGAUUCAAUCAUUCAGCAAAUCUGAAAAGACAUGAGAGGAUCCACACUGGAGAGAAACCGUUUUAAUGCACUGUACGUGGGAAGUGUUUCAUUCAGUCAUCUGUUAUACACAGUUAUACAAAAGACAAUCACAGUAAGGUCCCGUACAAAUGGAGACAUGUUUAGCUGUAUAUGUAAAUAAUUUGUAUGGUAUAUGUGUUUCGUCCAGGCGGAUCCGGCAUUUUGGGAGAGUGAAAUCACUACUUUUCUUUUUAAACCGGGUCCCAGAGUGGCUGAAUCUAUAAACUACACCUUUGCGUUUUCGUGUGUAAAGCCAAUACGUAUAUUUUGUGAAACAAUGAUGUCAUGGAAGAUCAUGUGACCCUUCGGCAGCAAUGCACACAUAUUCCUUUGAUCUGCUCACUUUGUCAGAAAUUAUAUAUAUCCUGUCAGUAAAUUGUGAACAACUAGCCACAGUCAAGGAUGUUCGGGAAAGACAGAUUGAACAAUCACCAAUAAAGAAAAAAUUUAAAGAUUCUGCCAUUUACUGAGGAACUGGACGUGGCUAUAGCUAACGGUAUCAAGCUAGUGCUCAAAGAGCAACAAAGUGCUCUCGAUUCAGUUGUGGCUUCAACUGUACGAGAAGCAAUAGACUCUGUACUGACUCUAGCACUCCGCGAUCUACAUUUGAAGAUGCAAACAACCAACAAUUCUGUGAAAGAGCUGAGAGGAGAGG